GAAAGUGAAAUUCCAGAGACAUUCCUGAAAUUGUCCUAAGUUAAAGGAGCCGAACAGUGUGCCAGCUCCCUCUCUGCCAUCCCCUCUGAGAGCAGCCAUGGCCCUGAGUGAUGUCGAUGUGAAAAAGCAGAUUAAGCACAUGAUGGCUUUCAUUGAGCAGGAAGCCAAUGAGAAAGCAGAGGAAAUCGAUGCCAAGGCUGAGGAAGAGUUUAACAUUGAGAAAGGACGCCUUGUGCAAACCCAACGACUGAAGAUUAUGGAGUAUUAUGAGAAAAAGGAGAAGCAGAUAGAGCAGCAGAAGAAAAUCCAGAUGUCCACCAUGAGGAAUCAGGCAAGGCUGAAAGUCCUGAGAGCCCGAGAUGACCUCAUCUCGGAUUUGCUCAGUGAGGCGAAGCUGAGACUCAGCCGGAUUGUGGAGAACCCAGAGGUCUACCAGGGGCUUCUGGAUAAACUGGUGCUCCAGGGUCUGCUCCGACUGCUGGAACCUGUGAUGAUUGUGCGCUGCCGGCCACAGGACCUCCUCCUGGUGGAGGCUGCUGUGCAAAAAGCCAUCCCCAAAUACAUGACAAUUUCCCAAAAACAUGUGGAGGUCCAGAUUGAUCAAGAGGCAUACCUGGCUGUGAAUGCAGCUGGAGGUGUGGAGGUCUACAGUGGCAAUCAGAGAAUAAAGGUUUCAAAUACCUUGGAAAGCCGACUGGAUCUCUCAGCCAAGGAAAAGAUGCCAGAAAUACGAAUGGCCUUGUUUGGUGCUAACGCCAACAGAAAGUUCUUUAUAUAAGCCUCUGGGAAGUGAAGCUAGUGUUGAACCACUAAACCACAAAAGUUUAAGUUUUGGGGGGAAAGGAAACUAGUAGUGUUUCCUCCUUUUUGGUGCUCUGAUAUUGUUCUGUUUUUCUUCAUGAAAUAUCCCUUGGAUGGCUAAAGUGUUAACUUUGAAAUAAAGCCCAAAUUAAUGCUCAGAA